UUGAGAUCACGGAAGUAUCAAGCUCGUGUCCUACACAACUUUUUUUCCCUCAGCGAUUAUACUUUCUGCUGUCAGCAUGACAGAAAAGACGAAUGGUCUUUGUUUCAAACUAAGAGCUCUUUGACUAAAGUUAGCCUUCCUUUAUUUUUUAGAACAGAGUUUGAGUUUCCAGAUUUUUUUUUUUUAAAGACAAACACUAUCUUUGGCUACUGGCUUUGAGAAAUAAUUUGUCAGAAUAUCUACUCUAUGCCAACAAGCAGAGCACAGCAUGGCCAAGCGAGUUGCGGUGGUUGGAGCUGGUGUGAGUGGCCUGUCGUCCAUCAAGUGCUGCCUGGAUGAGGACCUGGAGCCCACCUGCUUUGAGAGAAGUGAUGACAUCGGGGGACUGUGGAAGUUCACUGAAACUUCUAGAGAUGGGAGGACCAGGGUCUACAGGUCAUUAGUGACAAAUAUCUGCAAAGAAAUGUCGUGUUACAGUGACUUCCCCUUCCAAGAAGAUUAUCCCAAUUUCAUGAAGCACGAAAAAUUUUGGGGCUACCUCCAAGAAUUUGCUGAGCACUUUGACCUUUUGAAAUACAUUCGGUUUAGGACCACAGUGUGCAGCAUAACGAAGCGUCCAGACUUCUCCGAAACUGGUCAGUGGGAUGUUGUCACAGAGACAGAAGGAAAGCAGGACAGAGCUGUCUUUGAUGCUGUCAUGGUUUGCAGUGGACGCUUUCUGAAUCCCCACUUACCUUUACAGUCCUUUCCUGGAAUCCAUAAGUUUAAAGGCCAGAUCCUGCACAGUCAAGAGUACAGGAUCCCAGAAGGCUUUGAGGGCAAACGCGUCUUAGUGAUCGGUCUUGGGAACACUGGAGGGGACGUUGCAGUGGAGCUCAGUCGAACCGCAGCUCAGGUAUUUCUCAGUACCAGAACUGGUACCUGGGUUAACAGCCGCUUUUUGGAAGGAGGCUACCCAUUUAAUAUGAUGGUUGUGAGAAGAUGCCGUAAUGUUAUUGCACAAGUUCUGCCUUCAUGUGUACUAAAGUGGAUUCAAGAGAGGCGGAUGAAUAAAAGAUUUAACCAUGAGAAUUAUGGAUUAAGUAUUACAAAAGGGAAAAAACCAAAAUUUAUUGUGAAUGACGAGCUGCCAACCUGCAUCCUCUGUGGGACAGUCACUAUGAAAACCAGCGUGAAGGAGUUUACAGAAACUUCCGCUCUCUUUGAAGACGGGACGGUGGAAGGAAACAUCGACACGGUGAUCUUCACCACGGGAUACACAUUUUCUUUUCCCUUUUUUGAAGAACCGCUCAGAAGCCUUUGUACAAAGAAGUUGUUCCUGUACAAGCAGAUCUUGCCCUCCAACCUGGAGAGGGCAACGCUCGCUCUCAUUGGCUUCAUCGGCCUGAAAGGAUCCAUUUUAUCAGCCACGGAGCUCCAGGCACGAUGGGCCACACGAGUAUUCAAAGGACUCUGUAAGAUACCCCCAUCCCAAAAGUUGAUGGCUGAGAUUACUAAAAAGGAGCAGCUCACAGAGAGGGGUAUGAUGAAAGAUACCAGUGAAGACAAACUCGACUUCAUUUCCUACCUGGAUGACCUUGCUGCCUGCAUAGGCGCGAAGCCCAAUGUCCCAUUUCUCUUCCUCAAGGAUCCCAGACUAGCUUGGGAAGUCUUUUUUGGACCGUGUACUCCUUACCAGUAUCGCCUAACAGGCCCUGGAAAAUGGGAUGGAGCCAGAAAUGCCAUCCUGACCCAGUGGGACAGGACGAUGAAACCCUUAAAAACUCGAUUUGUUCCCGAUUCCUCCAAGCCUGUCUCCAUGUCACAUUACUUAAAAGCUUGGGGGGCAUCUGUCCUACUUGCCUCUCUUCUGCUGAUCUUCAGAUCUUCGCCUUUAUUCAAAUUGGUGCGAGAUAAACUACAGGAUAGAAUUUCCCCUUAUUUACCAGUUAGUAUCUGGUGAGCAUGAAUCUGAUUGACCACAAGGGUUGCACUAAAUCAUGUUGAUCGUGUCUCCUGAUAUCUUGUGCAACCCUUCUCUCCUCGCCACCAUAGCUGCGAUCACCCAAGGUCAGGUCCAGUCACCUCCUAUCUGAAUUAUUGUACCUUCUUCUCUGGUCUCAGUACCUCCUUUCUUGCCUCCCUUUCCAAUCCUUAUCCUACUCUGCUACCUAAGCAAUUAUUCUAAAAUGAAAAUAUUGUCAUUGUUCCCAUCAAGAUCCUGGUUGGGAAUAAGACGGCACUCAAACUAUGUAAUUUGUGGAAAUUUUAAUAUAGGGAUUAUUUAAAAACUUUGGCAGAUUGUAGAGAAAUCAUAUGGAUAAUGAAAUACCCCCAGACUGGUAAUAGCGAGGUAUUUUUACCAUCCCUAGGCCUAAUGAGGCAGGGGGUGAAAGCAAUUAUGAGAGAAAGAAGGAGAGAUUGACAAUGUGGAGGGGCCACCUCGCAAGAGCUAUGACCUUCAGCUGACAGAUGAAGGCAGUCUGGGGUGCCCCCACAAGUACAGAGCUGGGGAAAUAAGUUGCCUGACCUUAUUCUCUUCCCUCUCUCUGAUCCCCUGCCCUUGCUCCCCAAUGUUCUAACCCAAUCAAAACUCAGAGGGCAAGGUUGCUAGCUGUUGUGGAUUGAAUUGUGUUCCCCAAAAAGACAUAUCCAAGUCCUAACUCUGACAUCUGGGAAUGUGGCCUUAUUUGGAAAUAGGAUCUUUGCCAAUGGAAUCAAGUUAAGAUGAGAUCAUACUGUAGUUUGCACUAGAUCCAAUAUGACCGAUGUCCUUAUAAAAAGAGGAUAAAACAGAUAGACACAGACAUGGUGGAGGAUUCCAUUGUGUGUCUACAAUCUAAGGAUCGCCAAGCAAGCAAACACGGGAAACUAGAAUGAGGCAUGGAACAGACUUUCCCUCAAAACCUCUUGAGGGAACCAACCCUGCUAACACCUGGAUUCCAGACUUCUAGCCUCCAGAAAAGUGAAAGAAUAAGCCACCUGGCUUGUGGUACUUGUGGUACAGCAAUCCUAGGAAACUAAUACACCAACUGAUGUCGUCCGUGGAGCUCAGCCUCCUCAGGCACGGAGCAGAGUGAAGAUGACAGACGGUGCACGUGGAACGGCAAGCAGAAGGAUCCAGCGCAGACGUGUUGCUUUCCAGUUUACAGUCCUUCAGUUUCUCCCUUGAUUAGAGAUAACAGUCCAAAUUCCUUGACCUAGAAGAGGAGACCCUUCAUGAUGAGUCCCUUUGCCCAGGUCGCCAGCAUCCUGUCCUGCAGCUCCCCACCACCCCAUCUCAAACUCUACCACCCAGUGCUACCAAACAACGAAAUGUCAUAGCUCCUCACUUUGGCACAAGCCGCUGUCUCUGCCAGGCACGAGGAUCUACCCCUGACUAUUUGUCUUUCAAGAGAGAGCUCAGUGUUCUCCCUCUGUGAAGCCUGCCCUGAACCCCGAAAGGAGAGUUGACCACCCUGCAUAGUGAAUGCCCCUCAGGUACUGCUGUUGUUGCUCUUUUCUUACUGUAGUAUAAUUUUGUUUUUGUGUCUGUCUGCCUAUAAGUGGUGAGUUCCUGAGAGAAACCAUGUCUUGUUCAGAUAAAACAAUGUCUGAUACAAAGUAUUGCUAAAUAAAUAUUUGAUG